GCAGAGCGGGACGCGGGCCCGGAGUGAGUGGCCCCAGUGAGAGCUUUGACAGGUGUGUGGAGCUCUGAAUGGCCAUGCACACGGAUGUGUUCGUACUUAUUCUACUCCUAAUGGGACUGGGGGUCAGCGGCCAGAGGCGCGCAGGGGCCCCGCUCCAGCCCUACAGACAAGUCAGGGCAAAGAGGGAGAUGGCAUCAUCAGAGGACUCCAGUGGGAAGGUUGGCAGCACAAUUCAGAAGCGUAAUCCAGACAUAACCAAAUCCUGGGGGACCAAAUCAGAGCAUCUGCUGAGGAUCAAUGACCACGACUUCACCAUGAGACCUGGCUUUGGAGGCCCCGCAGUUCCAGUAGGAGUGGAUGUCCAAGUAGAAAGUCUCGACGCCAUAUCUGAAGUUGACAUGGACUUCACUAUGACACUGUACCUGCGGCACUACUGGAAGGAUGAGCGCCUGUCGUUUCAUAGCAACCAUAACCAGAGCAUGACAUUUGAUGGGCGUCUGGUCAAGAAGAUCUGGGUGCCUGAUAUGUUCUUUGUCCACUCCAAAAAGUCCUUCACACAUGACACCACCACCGACAACGUGAUGCUGCGAGUGUAUCCUGAUGGCAAAGUGCUCUACAGCCUCCGGGUGACAGUGACCGCUAUGUGCAGCAUGGACCUAAGCCGUUUCCCUCUGGACACACAGACCUGCUCCCUGGAGAUUGAGAGCUAUGCAUACACCGAUGAUGACCUGAUGUUGUACUGGAAAGAAGGGAACCGCUCUCUGAACACAGACGAGAAGAUCUCUCUGUCCCAGUUCCUCAUCCAGGAGUUCCACACCACCACUAAACUGGCCUUCUACAGCAGCACAGGCUGGUACAACCGACUCUACAUCAACUUCACUCUGCGGCGCCACAUCUUUUUCUUCCUGCUGCAGACCUAUUUCCCUGCCACGCUUAUGGUCAUGCUGUCCUGGGUGUCCUUCUGGAUCGACCGCCGGGCUGUCCCCGCCAGGGUGCCUCUGGGUAUCACCACGGUCUUAACCAUGUCCACCAUCAUCACCGGGGUCAAUGCCUCCAUGCCCAGAGUGUCCUACAUCAAAGCUGUGGACAUCUAUCUGUGGAUUAGCUUUGUCUUCGUCUUCCUGUCUGUGAUUGAGUAUGCCGCUGUGAACUACCUGUCCACCCUACAGGAGCGCAGGGAGAGAAAGCUGCGAGAGCAUCUGCCCUGUACGUGUGGACUGGCUCAUCCCGGCAUGCUGUCGUCCAGCUACAGUGAGGUAGACGCCAACACCACGGGCCACUAUGGCCUACCAGAGGAGAAUGGAGUGAAGCGGGAGCGAAUGCUGGUGCAGCUGGCCAUGGAGAAUGACCAGGUGACAGGGCAUGUGGGCUCCAGUGCUUACAACUCUAUGUGGAUUGAUACGCACGCCAUUGACAAAUACUCACGGAUUGUCUUCCCCGCAUCCUAUAUCUUCUUCAAUGUGGUCUACUGGUCCAUCUAUAUGUGACACCACCAUAACUCCUUACCAACUUCUGCCACGCCAGGGACAAAAAAACUUUAUCAAAAUGCCUAGGCAGCAACUAUGAACAAAUAUGUCACUAAAAUAAGGGAACAGAGAUAAAUAGACAAAGCAAUUGAUACAGCUGUGACUGUGAAUUCUGCAUCUGGUGCAUUAUGACUUCUUUUUCGUAAAUGGAGCCCUUUUCUCACAGAUUUUGUGUAACAUCUGUGAACAAGAUAUCAUUUUCAAUAGUGGACUUCUGUGUUGAUGGCUGAUCAUAAACUGGAUCUACACCCGGGAGGACAGACUAGUAUUGCAUGAAUUGUUCUUGCAAAGUGGAGUAACAGUUCUUUAAUCCAGUAGUCCUUCUCAUGAUUCCUCACAUUUUCUCCAAGUGAAGGAGCACUUCUGGUGAUGCCUUGAUCUCACCUUGUACAACUCUAUCUUCACCAAUGUCACAUCUUUUGCUUAGUGAUGACAUCUGCAGAUGUUCUUAACUAGAGGUUGGGACUUGCAAAUCGUGACUUGGACUCAAGUUAGACUGGAGUCACUAUUUUUGGACUUGAGACUUGACUUGACAAAACAGACAAAGACUUGGGACUUGACUUGGACUUGAAGGUCUUUGAUUUUGGAUUUGACUCAGACUUGAGCCCUGUGACUUGAGAAGACUUGAUGCUUAGACUAGUUUACAAAUGAACUGUUAUUAAGCACUUUUAAACCAUAAUAAUUCGCACUCUUGUCAAGGCAUUUAAAAAGGAAAAAUUUGCAUUUCUACAACUCUUAAAUAAAUACUCAUAUAUAAAUAUACCAUGACAUUUUAAGAACAGUUUUGUUUAAAAAUUAUAUAAACUGCAAAAAUCUAUGAUAUAUUUGGUACUUUGGUUUAAAGACUUGAAAUGACUUGAACCUCAGAGCAGACAACUUGACUUGGACUCCUGGAACAGUGACUUGAGAUUCGACUUCGACUUGCUUGUCUUUGACUUGGGAUUUGACUCGGACUUGAGGUCAAAUACUUGAGACUUACUUGAGACUUGCAAAACAACGACUUGGUCCCACCUCUGUUCUUAACACAUAAAAUAUAAAUUUAGGGUGACUUUUCCAAUAAAUACACAUACAUACUAACACAUAUGUAUAUUGACACUACCAGUCAAAAAUUUGGGCACGCUCUCAAUGUUUUGUUUUUUUUCUUCGUUAACUACUUUCUACAUUUUAUAUAUAUACAAAAACAUCAAAUAUAUGAUGAAGAUAUAUGGAAUUACGUGGCAAAGAAAAAAAAAUGUUAUAUUCAAAUCUCAAAAGUAAACACGCUUUUCUUUGUGGACAGCGCUGCAAAACCUUGGCCUUCUCUUAGUGGGCUUCAUUAUAAGGUCGCCUGAAAUGGUUUUCACUUCACAUCUGUGUUGCAUCAGGAUCAAGAAAUAUCAAAAGUGCAAACCAGCAUUCAAAGUAAAAGGUGGCUAUUUUUAAAUUUUACAAUCUCAAACAAGUUUUGCAUCAUUUUGAAUAUUUUUUGUUUACUACAUUCCAUGUGUUCAUUCAUAGUUUUGAUGCCUUCAGUAUCACUGUAAAUGGUCAUGGUAAUAAAGAAGAAAUAUAAAUGUCCAACCUUUUGACUGGUAGUGUACAUUAAGAAUUUGUUUUUGAUAAUUAAAAGUAUAUGUAUACCAAAAUAUGUAUAUAAAAUCUCCAAUUAAUCAUGUUUACCCUAUUCUUAAUAGGGUAGGGCAAAA